AUGGGAAACGCAGCGUCAACGCCGCACAUGGGGACGCCCCCGCCGGCAUCCGACUCGUCGCAAGCACCGCCCUCGACCGCGCCCAAGGAGCCCGCAGCGCCACCGAGCCCCGCGCCCCCGCAGACUCCGCUGCUGCUGCCGUAUGCCGGCCACCUGAGUCCGCAGAACCCACAUUGUCUGAGCCACCCGCAGGCCCACGACUACAGCAAGACGGCAGUGACGGGCCUCAUUAUCGAGCAGCAGCUGGCCCCGUUCUACCGCGGCCUGGAUGACUUUGAGGAGGACUGGACACUCGAUGAUGUGCGCCGGGAGCUCGACGAGACCAUCGAGCGCGAUUACCAGGCAGACAUCAACAACAGCGCGACACAUCGGCUCAAGGAGGAGCGCGAAGGCGGCAAACCGGCUGGAUCGGCCGAGGACCGCGCCGAAAGGCAAAGCCGCGAGACAAAGGCGUACCUCGGUGCUGUCGAGUGUCCGAUCUGCUUCUUGAAUUACCCGCCCAACAUCAACACGUCGCGGUGCUGUCAACAGCCCCUGUGUACCGAGUGCUUUGUGCAGAUCAAGCGCGGCGAAGCGACUCUCACGCACAUUGAGAGCGAGUCGGCGUGCUGCCCGUACUGUGUCGAGACAGAUUUCGGCGUCAUCUACGAACGCCCCACGCCUACUGCACCUACACCCGUCAACGGGGCCUCUGCCUCUGCCAUUAGCGCGUCAGCCAUCCACCUUGCCUCCUCCCCCGAACCCAAUGCGAGCGGGUUCAGCCAGGCCCUCAGCCUGUCGGAAGACCCGCACACCGGCUCGGGCUCAACGUCCCCUGGCCCGCCCGUGCCGCCAAAGGAGACGGUGCGUCGCAAGAGCGUGUCGUCAAAGGCCAAAGAGGUCGUUACUAUCGACCAAAUCCGGCCGGACUGGGAGAGCAAGCUCAACGCCGUCAAGGCCGCUGCGGCGCGGAGGGCGGCGAGGAGAAUUGUCAUGCGCCAGGUCGGUGAUCGUCUUAUCCCGAUAGGAUACACGUCGUCGCGCGCCACAGGGCUUGCCGACUUUAGCAUGUCGGUCCCACAGGCGGUAGAGGAUGGAGGCAGCCGGCGGUCGCGCCGUGCUCGCGGCCGCGAGCGCGAGAUGGAAGAGGUGAGUUCCGUCAUCGCUUGGAUCAUCCAGCUGACCGUGCAGAUGAUGAUCAUGGAAGCGAUGCGGCUGUCGCUUCUCGACCACGAGGAGCACCAGCGCAAGAUCGAUGAAGACGAGCGCAGGAAGAAGGAGAAGGAUGCCAAGGGCAAGGACAAGUCCACUCCCGUUCGUUCGGGAGCUGGUACGCCUACGCCGUCGUCGUCGCGCCGCUCAUCAUCUGCAGGCACGACUCUUUCGUCGUGGCGCUCCGCAUCAGGUUCUGGCGGAGGCGAACAUGGACGUGCGCAGGCCGCCGCCUCCAAGCUGUUAUCCAAGAUCACUGUUAACCGCUCUCGUGCAAACUCGAAGAGCAGCGUCCACUUUGCCCCGUCCCCGACCACUCUGGGUGAGAGCAGCGCAAACUCACCCACCCCGGGUGAGCAGCAGGGGCGCGCUCGCUCGUCGUCUACGCCUAGCCCAAUGCCGAGGGACCCUCCCGAGCACCACGUGUCUCCGCUGGCGCAGGCUGAGGUGCUUGCGCCCCAGCCUCUGCGUCGUACCGUCAUACCCGCUACCCCAGACCGUCCGGCCAGUGCGGUGCCGGGGUCCAGCGCGUCCCCAGAAGAAGGCACCAAGGUGACCGAGUUCACCAACCCGACUGCGUCUCGUGUGGCUGCCGCAGACGCAGUGCCAACGGCUGCCAACCCCCACCCUGAUCUCGCGGCGCUCAUGGGCGAGGCGCUGGGCGAUGACUCGAACCUCCCUGCCCCACUGGUCCCGUCGCAUCUGCCUGCGCCCGCUGUUGCAUCCAUCAUGGGCGGCACCUUUGUCGACAGUCCAGAGGUGGAGCUGCGUGGCGACCCCAUCCUCGCCUCCGGCACCUUCACCGGCUCUCCCGCUGUCGAGAUGCGUGCCGACCCUGUUCUCGACCAAACCCCUCCAGCCCCAGAGCCAGUCGCCGUGCCGACCACGGCGCCCAUCGCGAUUCCUGCCCUUCAUGAACCAUCGGCCGUCGCCUCUGUUCUGAGCUCGCCACCACUGGCCUCGCCGGCCGCCGUGUCGACCUUGACCGCUCAGCGCGAUAGCAUUGAGCGCAACACCUCUCCCAGCCGCACCACGCCUCAGCGCAUGGAGAGCAAUACCUCGGUUGCCACAAGCACCUGGACCAUGGACUCGAGCGUCGCUGGCGAGCACACGCCCCCGCUCCAGGGUAGUCCCAGGCCAAACAAGCCGCUGGCGGCGCUGGAGAACGACGACGCGGACGAGUAA